GAGCCGUCGCGUUCGCUCGUCUCGGCGUAUACUCGGUCGCCGGCUUUAUUACGGAGACGAAGAAAAACGGGGGAGCGAAGGCAAAACGGGGCUGCUCGCGACUCCCGCGCUCACAAACACUCUUCAGUGUCGGAUGAGAAACGCCGGUGAACGGACGAGCCCGAGAAUAUACCCGCGACAGGGACGCGACUCCUGAUUUCGCGUUGCUCUCGUGUGUGCGCCAAUUUUCUUUCGAAAUCGAGCCGCGAAGUUUAAACUUUGGACUCUUUAGUUGGAAUAGAAAGUGUCGGAUGAUCGGAGCAACAGAAAAGAGAUUCUCAGUGACUUUUUCACGUUGACAAAUGUUCGCAUGAACGUUUGAAAUUUUUUGGAGGUGUGGAAACCCACGGAAGAGGCGGAUGCAGCGUACGGGCCUUACGGAUUUCUACACGAUACUGUAUUAUGUUCCACGCUCAUAGAACAACAUUAAUCUAGUCGCAGCGCCAGCGAAAGAUGCGCCUCUUCAAGCGACCGAGCACGAGCCCUCAGCUCGUAUCAGCAACUCCAAUUCCACAGGACGGCAACUCGAUCGAGAAACCUGAGGACAAACAGGCCAAUCAGGAAGAAGCAUCGACGCGAUUGAACGUCGUUGAAAGAGCGUCACUAAAUGAAAGGAACAAUGAAACGCCCGCUCCAACGUCUUCCUUUUCUGCCCGCAAAGGUAUUUCGACGUGGGGGAAAAAAGUUGGUCGGAGAUGGGACCAGCUGAAAAGAUCGGAAAGCUCGGAACUGCUUUCCGUCUCGGGUCGGAGGCGUCGAUGGAGUCCGAACCGAAAAUCCCUCUGCGACACUCCGGACGCGUCCAGCGAGCCCCGGCCGGACGAGUCCUCGGGCUCCGGUCUCGGCAAACCAAAGCGAAUAUCGAGAGUCGAAUCGCUGCGAAAUUUGUUCAGGGCGAGCGACCGAUGUUCCGGGGAGAACGGGAGCGGCCAGACGAAAAAACGCGGCUUGACGAUCGAGGAAGAAGAGGACGACGUUGGGGAGCUGGGCCACUACAAAAUGGAAAAAGCUUUCAGCGACGGAGCUCUGAGGAACGUGAUGGACGCGAGAUUCACGGCGUACCGGAGCGAGGCCCUUAUCGAGAGGAAAAAUCAGAUCAGUCGCAAUAUUCGAAACUUGCAGGAGCAACAGCGGGUUUUCGACUACAUUCUCGAUAACCAAGAAAUCAUUAAAACGGACGAGGGCAUGGCUCUCGUUCGAGAAACUUUGGACAACGCCCGGAGCAAUCCGCGCGAGGGCAGCGCAUCUAGCGUAGAAGUGAAACACGAAAACGGUACGCAAUCCCGCAACUCGGACAAGAUUCGACCAGGAAGCGCGGAUUGUGGCAAAAUUAGCAGCGUCAGAAGGACCCUUUUCGAUGGCGGAAACAACGAGAGGAAAGAGAAUCGAAGAUCGUUGAACGUCGGUGGAUUGGAAGAUUUGAUGUGCACCCUGAGACUGGGCUGCGACGAGAGCGGUUACGAUUCCGACAGCACGAGAGCCGGCGCCGAUUCUCCGGACAGCGAAAACGCCUUGCCCUCGACGAUGAAGCCUCGAAGUUUUUCCAUAACCUCACAAGAUUACACGGGAAUAGAUUUAUCCUUGCCUAUGAGUACGCCGAAAAAAAAGAAGCGCGAGCCCGCCACCGUGGAGGAACUUCCGGUGGAAUCGAUCGCAGCAUCGGCCAACGAUGACGAUGCCCGAGAAAUCGAAAAGUGCGAGAUGCACCACGAGGCGGCGGAAAGUAUUGCGGACAGUUCGUUCGACGAAUCGGUAAGAACGGACACGACCCUGAUGUCGGAGGACGACGGCGACGAUAACGACGAUUCCGACAGUUGCGAUGAAACGGCUUUCCCGGAGCUGAAUUUCUCGCCAUAUUAUCAUCCGCGUAUCGAAAUUCCUGUCAAGUGUACCCCCGCCAAAGUGAGCUCUAAAACGAACGUCCCCUCGGGACCUCGCGCGAAGCUACAGAAUUUACAAAGAUGCGCUGUGAGUCAGGUGAACACGAGGGGACGCAAAGCUUCGAACGCGAGCUUGAUAAAUCUGUUGGAGAACGCAGCAUCGCCCUGCAAAGAGAGUCCUCCGGCGUUGAAAAUAAUAGCCAACGAAGCCCUCGAUCGGGUGCGCUAUUACAGCCCGAAGAGAUCGCGAUCGAGCAUGGAAUCGGGUGAGAGCGAGGUGAUCGAGAGAAAACCAAUAAAAAGGCCCGUUCCUCCGACACCGCCAACGCAGCCCGCGGGAGCAGUCCUUUCGGGGAGCAAAACAGCGGGGAGACGGGAGCUCAAAACGGUGAAAAUUCGAGUCGAAGGAUCCGCGAGUCUGGGAAUAAAGCUCGAGAAGCAGGAAGCCGUACGACCGUUUUACGUCGUUUGUAGUCUCGAUGGGAACGGUGAAGCUGCCAAAUCGAAACAGAUACGCGUGGGUGACGAGGUCGUGAGAAUUUGCGGGCGUAGAAUCCGCGGCAUGUCGGCAAUCGAGGCGAGAAACGCGCUCAAGAACUCGCUCGGUACGGUAGAGCUGCAGAUCGCCAGGGAGCCGAGCUACAGUUCGAGUCGCGAGCUCGGAGACACUUGGGGCGGUGAAACGCUCUCGCGAACACGCAGCGAUUCGGAGGUUUGGACGCUGAAGGACACGACGAACGAGCCUCGCUCUCCCUUGGACUUGACCCAUCGCACUCAGAUCAUUUCGCCCUUACAAAAAAUGAGCAAAAGCGUAUCGACGACCGCGAUGUCGAGUACGCCCGAGCGCAGCAACGACCCGGGCCUCAAGAUCACCGGGAUGAGAAAAUUUCAAGUUAUGCGGAAAAGGAAUUCCAUGCCGGCUGUGAGAUCCCGAAGAGCAGGAUCGACCGCGACGAGUCUCAUGACAGAUCUGUUGACGGUUGCCCUGGAAAAGGGAGCCACGAAAAAAUUGGGCUUUUCUAUCGUCGGCGGUUCCGACAGCAACAAAGGGAACAUGGGCAUAUUCGUCAAGGACGUCAUGAACGGUGGUCAAGCUGCGGAAGAGGGCACUCUGCGUUCCGGCGACGAAAUCCUCGCGGUCAACGGACACCUCAUGGAAGGACUCACCCACGCGAAAGCCCUACAAAUCUUCAAACUUGCCAAACCCGGACCGUUGAUGCUGCACGUCGCUCGACGAGAUCCAACGCACAAACGGUUGUUUGAAUAACUAUCAUAACGGUUGACGCGCUAAGGCGGUCGCUUUGCUUCGCAGGAUAUCUUGCUCAUUCAAAAUCGUACGAUUGUCUUGCGAAACUGACAGAGUGCGGAGAAGAGUGACGCCAAGAAAGCCAACACCGAAGUUGAGAAAUCAAUAUCAAUUGUUAUUCCUGUAGUUUCUAUUGAUGAAUUAUUUUCAUUUGUAAAAGUCAAUUCGAGUUUGUAUCAUAAGACGAACAUUUUCGAUAACCCUGAUGAAGCCAUGUUCAAAAUCCUCCUUCGUAGCAGGUUAGAGUAAGAAAAAUUGUGAUAUUUCCUCGAGAUAGGGGCAGAAUAUAAUUUGUAUAAUUUCUUAGAACGCCCCGAUCGGUGUUGAGUCGAUGAAACUUUAAAAAUUGUUUAAACUCCAACGAGCCAACGAAUUCAGUGGUAACACGUCGAAAGUAGACAGCUCGCAAAGGAAAUUACGUUUCGCGUGAGUUGCAUACAUUUUGUUUAUUUUUUUCUUUCUCAAACGAUCGAUAAUGGAUGAGAUCCCAUAUUUAUCGGUACAACCUGUCCCUGUUAGAUACAAAACGCUAACAUCGCGGAUUAUGGUUGGCCGAUGAGACGCGCCAAAUCGCAGGUACGAAGAUUCAUGUUCGACAUAUCGUUUUAUGUUGAAACAUUGUAAAAGUUCAUUAUCGAAAGUUCGUUGAAUUUUUUCUUGUAUAUAUAUACAUAUAUGUGGGUAAAUUUAUGCAAAUGUUCAUUUGUUUGACGCGAUUUUUGUUCGAGUAUUGUCUAAUAAUAAUUAGGAUAAGAUAUAUUGUUAUUUACAUUUACCAAGUUAAAAAACAGUCGUACCGGGCACGCGAAGAUAAAAACCUGCAUAGUCUUUAAGCUGAGACCGACAUUGGAAAUAUCUACCUGAUAAAACAAAACUGCUGUGAUACGGAUUGUAGUCACGUUAGUCCGAUAGUAACUACUAUUUCAUAAGGCGUGUAUAUAAAUAUAUGAUACAGUAACAAUAGCAA